GUCGAGCCGAGUGUGUGAGCUGUGGUGUUUACGCGGUUCCGCGGUUAAAAGCCGUGAUACAGUUUGCGCAUCGAUUCCGUGGCCAUUAUCUGCGGAGUACGGUGCGUCGUGACGCGUGUGCCAUCGGAACGGCCGUGUAGCGAUAUUGUCAUGAGCGGCAGCGACGGCGAGGACGGUCGACGCGAGGAGAGUACCGCCGCCGCCGCCGCCGCCGCCGCCAUCGCCACCGCCACCGCCACCACUACCACCACUAUCAUCACCACCGCCACCACUGUCACUACUAUCACUGGGGAAAGCGACGGCAUAGCCGGAGCAAUGGGUGACGAGUGUGACGGUCCAACGGCGAUUGCGACGGAACGAUGCUGUAACCAGGAUUCCAUCGGUGUCGCCAAUCGGAAUGAGUCCGCAACGUGGACACACCGGGAUACGGACGCGCCGAACGACCACGAAAAUGUGUUCCCCACGGUCACAGAUUAUGAUCCCACCGGGUGUGGGACAACUGAUCAGCGUGUGAUUGAUGCGUUUAUCAGAGGCGCAAGGGCGGCUGAUGAGGAUCGUCGUAAGUCGUCUCGAAACAGUGAUGCACUCGCCAAAUUGUACUCCUCUGCGGCAGCUAUAGAUAGUCAGUCACGUUUCGGAAAAGAAUCGUGUUCGUGUGAUAGCACAGCUGAUUACAAAGCUAAACGAGACAUGUUUAGAGAUGAGCUGCAAAAGGCUAUGAACUUUCAAAAUCUGUGGACGGAAUUGCGGCAGUACAUACGUACUGACUUUAAUGUCGCUCUAGAAACGACUCAUAUAUUUGAUUCCCUGCAGUCUUCUCAUCGUGACAAAUUUCCUUCCGAUAUGCAUGAGACUGUUAUCCAAUUAUGCAAAAGAGAUUCCCAUCAACUGUUUAUGAGAUUAGUGAGCCAGGCGCAAGAGUUUGUGAUAGAAGUAAAAAUCCGUUUGUUUGCUCUUCUACAUGAUCAUAGUGUGAAUUUAGCUGAAAUUUUUCUCACUGGUCUUUUGAAUGACUAUGAUGCCCUUGUAUCAACGGCGAUUUUAAUUUCUGAAUUAGUAAAACCAUUAAAAAAGUGCCUCAAUUUUAAUUUAACGUGGGAUUGCUUUAUCAAAAAAUUAUACCAGAUUUAUGUAUAUAAUGACGCAUUAGUGCAAAACAAUUUACCUACGUUUAUUGGCCAGCUGAGGAAACUUCUACCAUUGAAGGGCUCCAAAUAUCAAGCUCUUGUUCAUAGAUAUUUAUCUUUUGAUGAUGAGAUGACUAGGAUUGGUAAUUUAUGGCCUGAGACUGAAUCAUGGAUGGAUAAAUAUAAUGCAGAACAAGCUGUUCGUAUGGCAAGACUUAGACAAAUUAGAGAAGCUUGGGAAUUGUUUACAGCAACACGUAAAUUUAUGGAGCGCAGUAUGUUGAAUAAAACAUCUGAUAUUGGAAAUGAAAUGCAAGAGAUUCAUGGACAGUUUUCGUCGCUCAUCGCGCAUACAUCUGGAAAUGACAGUCCUCCUUUAAAUCCAGUAUUAGAUUUUAAUUCGGAUUCUAUGCCAUCGAGUAUAGAGAUAGUUCAAAUAUUGUUAGACGAUUGGAAUAAAGCUCAGCAUCAAAAAUUAGCGGACAUAGCCGGGGCAUUGACUGCCACUGAAGCAGAUGUCACUGGACAAGGUGAUUCUAAUUGUUAUGAUUACACACGUACAACGUGUCAAUUGGCGCAAUACGCCAUCAGAUCAGUGAGGUCUCACAGUGAUGACUCCGGCGAUACGGAGAACGGACUUGAGAAUGGAAAAGCGUGUGAAUAUUCUACAUGCAAUGAAAUUGGAGUAAGUUGUAUGGAUAUACAAUAUAAAAACGAAACUAUUGAGAAGGUCGAGGCAAAUUCAUUUUCAUCUCUUAGUAAUGGAUUUCCAGAAAUACCUACAAAUUGUACAAUAAAUCAAGUUAAAAAGAAAUUAGAUAAUUCAAAUGGUGAGGACAGAAAAAAAAAAGAAUUGGACAUGCGGGACGCUUUGCACAAAUAUACCGGUUCGAAGACGGCCGAAUCGGAUACUUGUCUGUGUGUUUAUCAACAUGCGCAAGAAAUAGCGGAGAGAAAGAAAGAAAUUCUAGAAAGUCCGCCCUGUCCAUGUUUGCUCAAUUCGAGACGCAAGUGGGAUGGAAAAUGUCCUUGCCUGCCUAAAUCUAUACCUGAAACGAUUGUGGCGAAUGGCCGUCCUAAAGCGACGUCACCGACUUCUAUUGUAAAGACUAAUCCAGAAUCGAAUCAGAAACCUGCUGUAAAAGCUGGUUCCACACAAUCCGCCCAAACACAAACGAGACAUUCUACAACGCAAACUCAUAAUCACAGCAUGCAUCAGGGUAGGUGUAACACUCAUUCGCACGCUCACGGACCGCUACCAGAUCUGACGAAAAACACAGGUCCGUGUUCUCACCCCAGACUUCGUCCACUUAAUCAUACACCGCAUGCGUGCCACAAGCAAGCCAACGUCGAACAUAUCAAGAGAAUGUCUUGUAACGAUUUAAGUUCAGGAGAUGGGGACUGUUCGGAUUCAGGGAGCAGUCAGGGAGACUCAUGCUCAACUAGCAGCUCCGCACAAAGAGAUACCAACAUGAGACAUUGCGACUGUUGCUACUGUGAGGUUUUUGGUCAUGGGAUGCCAUCGGUCGCGCCAGUGAGUCGAAACUAUAAGGAAAUGCGGGAACGGCUACGGCAACUUCUGACGAAGAAAAAAGCUAAAAAAUGCAAGACUGUUACAUCUGGAUGUAGCCCGCAGAAAAGUCCGUCGCAAUCGUCGAUUUCUAACGUCAACUCCGAAUCCAAACCCGUGACAAAUUCGAUUGUCAGAUCAAAUACUCCAAUUUCGACGACGCCCACAAUUCAGUAUGAUCAACAACGAGAUCAGCGAGAUUUAGAAGAAUUAUUAGAAUUUAUUGAAGGUAAUCAAAGUGGGAAAAAAGACAACAAAAAGGCCGAGAAGAAAGCAAGGCAGAAACAACGAAAGCUCGAAGAAAAAUUAAAAAAGGACAGACAAGAAGCAGAGAAACAAAAAUUAAUAGAAUUACAAAAAAAGACACCAGAAGUGACGAUCACUGUUGUUGAUCCUCAAAAGCCCAUGCCUCAAAGAUUAUUGCCUCAAUGUAAUUUACCGGAAGUUUCUAUUUUACCAACAUCGCCAUCAGUAUCUUUGCCCGUGGUAAAACAGUUAAAUAAUAGAAAAAAAGAUAAGCAAGACGUUUGUAGUAAUAGUAACUGUGGUAAUAAUAGUAUUACUAAUCUGAGUAACAAGAUAAAGAUGACGUCAAUGAAUUCAAAUGCAAAAAAUAAGACUAUUAAUAGCGCAGAAAAGUGUGACGUACGAAAUACGAAUUCUAGCCAAGGGAGUAAGAAUAAUGUGAAAAACGAAAAAGUUGAGAGCAAUAAUAAAGGUAGCAAGCCACUAACAAGUAUUAAUAAUAUUACAAAAAAUAGUUCGAUUAAUAAUGUGAAUAAUAAGUUAUCCGACGUCGAUUUACUCGACAAAAAGUUGACGAAAAAGGAGCGAAAAAAAUUGAAGAAAGAAAUGAAAAAAUUGGAAGAAGCAAAGGCAAAGGAAGCCGAAAAUGCAGCACAAACCGAAUCUCAACCACAAAUAGUUACUAUUAGGAGGGAGAUAAAUUCGAAUAGCGCUGAACCUACAGUCACGAUCACUCUGAAAGGCCAAACGCCGGCUGAGGACAAGGUGCUAUUUACAUUGGUGAAUGGACAGACUAAGGAACCUCAUAAGUCAGAACAAGAACAAAACCAAAGUAACAACGGAAAAAAGAAGAAAAUUAAAGCGAUUAACAACAAUAAUUCCUUACAACAGGGAAAUAAGUUACAGCAGUCAAAUAAUUCGAAGCAACAGACUCAAACUAAAGCAAAUGACAGUAAAAAUUUGAAGCAACAAGGAAGUAGCGACAAAUCGAAAAAUAGUAAACAGACAGAAGAAAGAAAAGUCCAGCAGAACGUCAAUGAAGGCAAAAAUUCCAAAUCGAAGAGAGAAAAGAGAAAUACAGAAAAUAAGGAAAAUGUGCUGCAGCAACAAAAUAUAGUAAACAAAAGUAAGAAUCAACAAAGUGCGACCAGCAAAAAGCAAAAUAAAGCGAAUACUCCUCCUCAGACACCGGUAUCGCAGAAGAAGCAGCAGCAGAGUCAGAUUAUAAAUGAAUCCACGAUUAAUAAGAAAGCAAAGAAACAACAGCAACAGCAAGAUAAAAAUUUGCAAUUGAACACCAGUAAGAGCAAUAAAAAUAAUAACAACAAUGCGAAUAAUAAGAAUGUAUCAAAUAAGAGCGAUUCUCAAAAAAAUAAUAAUAUAAAUAAAACGAAUCAAACUACCGUCAGUAAGCAACGUGUGCCCGCGGAGGUCCAAAAUACAUGUUCUGAACGAGUUAGUUCGCCAUCGCUUAGUAGUCAGUUUAAGGACAUUGGGCCGAAUUCCAAAAUUAAUAUUGAAAAUCUUAAGUUGCCACCGGGCAUCACGAUCACGAAAGUUGACGCGCCGCCAAAACCGCUUCCAAUCAAAACUGCUCCUUUGCCCAAACCAGUGAAUCCGCCCAAACAAACUACCAUUAUUGCCGCCCCGAUGAGUGGCGUUCAAUCGAGCUAUGCGAGUCCACAGGCAGGUGGAAAUGUUAUUGUGGUGGACACGGGCAAGCUCAAGCAAGAUCUGCUGCCAAAAGACAAUGAGAAAGAUUCGUCGAAGGAUUCGCAGCAUCAAAAUACCGUUACCGGUAAAAAGAAGAAGAAAAAAAAUAAGAAUUCAACUAAUUCGGGCAACACGGCAGCCACACCAGUGCAAAACAGCGACACAUUUGUGAAUGACCAUAUGGACGAGCCAGCGAGGAUACUGCAUAAUCCUGGGACGAAUAUGGUGACUAUAAGGAAUCCAUCAUUCGGACCGAUGAAAGUGCCGCCGACACAGCAAGCUGCGAUCAUUAAGGUUUCAGAGAACGGUAUGGUGACAAUUCGAAGUCCAGCUUUGCAGCAAGCGAUCAAUGCGGGUUUGACGUCACCGCCUAAGCCGGACUACAUAGUCAAGGGCGAUUUGUCGUCAUCGGCAGGCAGAGCGACGACGACUGAUUGUGGUCAGCUGAGCGUGAAACACGCGAACGGCGUCAUAUCAUCUAGCUUGGCGGAAUUACGCAGCCGAUUGAGCAGCGCGCAGCCGGAUUGCGCGUCGUCUCUGUCCGAGCUCGCCAAUAUGCAAAUCAACCAGAUGACGAACGGUCAACCGAUACCGGAGAACGGUAUCAAUCUCAAGGGUACCAGUGUCACCUUGACGAAAGUGAGAUCCGAAGCAACGAACAUGGAGGAUGCACGACAAGCAUCAGCCAAGUAUGCUUCGGUAAAGGAGGCGACAAUAAACGCCACCUCAGUGGCCAAUGGUGGCAGCGGCAUCAGUGGUGGUGGCGUUAACGGUAGCGGUAGCGGAAAGAGCAAGAAAAAGAAAAAACGCGGAAGCGGCACGGGACAGUGUGGAGAUGACUUGGACCUCGUUGAGGUAUUCACGCCCAAAGAUAUAGACCUCGAGAAUGAUGAGGAGAUGGACGAUGAUGAGCGCGAACUGGAGGCCUUUAAGCGAUUCUGCCUGCAAUCGGUGCCGCCGCUGCACAAAGAAAAAGUCAACCUCAAUAUCAAGGACAUCGUGUUGAAGAAGAAAUCGUCGUCGUCAUCAUCCUCGUCAUCUUCGUCAACAUCAUCAUCAUCAUCAUCGUCGUCGUCAUCGUCGUCGUCGUCGGCGACAGCAGCGGCGGCGACGGCCGCAGCGGCUGCUGUAAUAGCGGCCAAUUAAUUUGUAUAAUGAUAAUUUAAAUAGUUCUGUGUUACCAUCUGUGUGCCCUGGCACGCGAUUACUGCCAUUUUCGAUGAUUUGACGUGUGGUUUGAGAACGCGAUCGUAUUGCGAACAAUUUGCGAGUCUUUGCCAAUAUUAUUGUCGUCAUCGAUUCCGGGUUUUUACAGAAAGACAAGUAUGUAUGCCUUCGUAUAUAAAUAUUUAAAUGUUAAUGUAUUAGAGUGAAAAAAACGAAGGUCGGAACUCUGAAUGACAGAAUUGAUCGUAUAACGAUUAGACGAUAAUGAUCAUUGUAUAUGUGUAUCGUUAAAUGUAAUUAUAGAUAUAAGUUUCUUUCGAAAUGAUGACGAAACGAUGAGUUCUCUUGCAAGACGUCGUUUCGAAGCGUUAUUUUGGACGAGAUCAACGAUAUUUGUAAAAAUUCAAUCUCGCCGGCAUUUUAAAGAUGAUUGUAAAGACCCUUAGGGUUGUAAAGUUAAAGUUAUGAUAAAUUGUUAAAAUAAUUGUCACGAGAGGAUACAUGCUGCGUCUGCAGCUUUGCAAAGUUUUGCAUCGGCGAGGGGUUAGAGAAUUUGAUGUAAAAGCAUACAGAUGUAGAUGUGCGUGAUGACAGAUGGACGUACACAUUGUUCUUUUUUUUUCUUUUUUUCCUUAAUAAACGUAGUUGCGCGUUUCUUCUUCACUUAAAGCGUCUGCGUAUCAUCUUUAUGUGUCUCUGUAUUUACAUUCUUGUAGGAGUAGCCUGUAUACUCGUAUAAGUCUCUAUACUAACAUAGGGCGCACACCGAGAAGGUUUAUAUAUACAUAAUUCAACAAAUGUACGUCGCAAUGUUUCUUAUUGUAUUAUAAUUAAAGUACUUUUUAUACGGUAAACCGGAC